GGUAGAAAGAGCAAGCAUCUCGCUUUGGACUAUUCAAACCCCCCGUUCAUCGUUUUCCUGGUGUCGGUCCAGCUCUAGACACAAGGAUUUUGUGAUCGGAAAACGUUGUAAAUGUUGUGACGCGUAUGUGCACGGCACCCCGUCACCAUCAGGAUCAUGUCAGGUCGUCGUGGUAACCCAGGGCAGCAGAGGCAGCUUGCUCAAGCUUGAGCCCAUCCCAGAAUGCAUCCUCUCUUCCGUCUAGUGCUGGGACAGAGAGACCUGUCCCGCGCAGGUGACCUCUUCUCCCUGGAUGACCGUGAGAUUGAAGACUGUCUGUCUCAAGCCCUGGAGGAAAUCAAAAUCAUAUCCUGCUCACCGGACUACCUAACCAAUGACAAUGACCAGGCGGUUGUGGAGAUCUGCAUCACGCGCAUCACCACAGCCAUCCGAGAGACGGGUUCGAUCGAGAGGCACGGAGCGGCGCUUGUGUCACUGUGGGAGUCAUGUCUCGAGCACAACCUCCAGCCGCAGGGCAAAGAUGAAGACACGCCGCAUGCCAAGAUCGCUUCUGACAUCACCAGCUGCAUCCUGCAGAAUUACAAUAGGCCUCCAGUGAUGGCACUGGCCGUGCCUGUGGCGGUUCGAUUCUUGCGGCAGGGGAACCAAGAGCUGAGCAGAAACAUGUCCAGUUACUUAUCACUGGCUGCCAUUGCCAAAGCUGAACUCUUGGCCCAACACACUAAGGACAUCACCUGGAGCAUACUGGGAGGCAAUUCCAUGCUGUUGAGGGUGCUGCCAUCUGUGUAUCCACGACAACCAGAGCCCAUCCACCAGCGCAUCCGUGAGCUGACGGCGUUGAUGUCACAGCUGGAUCAGACCGGCAGACAGCAUCUGCUCCGACUGCUCCAGAUGAUCUCUGACCUUCAUCCCCUGGUGUUAUCUUCUUUGGUGCCGUCUUUGAUCGGCUAUCUCAAUGACAGUGAUCUGAGUGAUUCUGUCCUGAGCGUGCUGGUGAACGUGGCUCAGGCGAGCCCCGCCUCUCUCACAUCCUUCCUGUCAAUCUUGAGAAGUGUGGGUCAGAAAAACCCUGCGCUGCUUGGACACAUCGCUAAGAUCCACGGGGCAGUGGGUCUAACUAGUGAGGGUCAAGCUCGUGUGGUGCUGCAGUAUCUGGUGUCUCUGUUAGCGAGUAUGGAGCACAGCGUGCAUCACAUACUGCUGCUGGAGAUUCGCUCCCUGACCGAUCGCUACACCUCCAUCCUGGGCGGAGGAGGAAAAGACAUCUACCGUAUGAGCAACAGUUUCAGUGCCAUCGCUCGACUUCUGGGACGUAUGCUGGAGGCUGAAAGUCCAGCCGCCAGGAGAGAGGAGAAGGUGCAGGAAAUGUCCAGGCCACGUGAAGCCGAGUCUAGUUCAGACGUGUUUGAUGACAACCAACGGCUGCAGGUGAAGAUCCAGGCCUUUGAGGAGAAGAUUGGUGAUGAGGGGGCGGAGUCUGAGGGAGAGGGUGGGUCUCCAGGACCUCAGAGACGCCACAGUCUGGGCCAGGCAGCACGAGAUGAGCGCAGAGACAUGAGGUUUAAAAGGUCGAAGAGUCUGGCUCUUCACACCGUCCACACACGAUCCAUUAACUCCGACAGCAGCCCGGAGGGCGAAGGCUCGGAGCUUAGUCCAGAGCCUGAUUCCUGUUUCCCAGAGACCACCUCAUCCCCCUCCACCCCGCAGGAGAACCACACCGACCCCACAGAAAGCAAUCCAGACACAUCUCCAAACAGUGAGGGGCAAAAGGUAGAGGUUAGAGACCCCCGGGAGGGAGAUCGACUGUGGACCCACCUGCGAGACAACAUGGAGGAAAUUAAAACCUUCUGUGCAGAAAUGAUCAAACAAAUCCCCAUACCUGAGCAGUGUGUCAUUGAAGACACACAGCGUGGUUGUGUAGCUAAGCUGUCGUUCUCGUGUCCGCUGAAAGGACAUUACUGCCUGUACGGAAAGUCCUGUUUCUCGCUGACCAGCCGCCAGCCGCACCUCUGGAUCCAAAUCAUGCUGCUCGCUCUGCAGAGUAACAUGAGUGAAGUGCUGUGCUCUCAGGACGAGUGUGUACAGCAGCUCAAGAGAUUGUGGGAGAAAACACAGCUGACAGGAGCACACAGUUUUGAGCUGGCCAUCACCCAGACCGCCAUUCCUCACAAGAAGGAUGUGGACAGUUUGCAGAUCUAUCUGGAGGAGGUGCGUUUCUUUGAUCUGUUCAGCUACAGUGAGGAGGAGGCCGGCUGGCUCUGUUUCAUGUGCAGUAACCCUGAGAAGGCCACAGGUGUUAAUCAGGAUGGUCAGCCGCUCAUCGAGGGAAAGCUGAAGGAGAAACAGGUGCGCUGGAAGUUCAUCAAAAGGUGGAAGACACGUUACUUCACGCUGGCUGGAAACCAGCUUCUCUUCAAAAGAGGAAAAUCAAGGGACGAGCUGGACAACAGCACAAUCGAACUGAGCAAAGUUCAAAGCGUUAAGGUGGUCGCGAAGAAGAGACGUGACCGCGGGCUGCCCAGAGCCUUCGAGAUCUUCACCGACAGCAAGACCUACGUGCUGAAAGCUCAAGAUGAGAAACAUGCGGAGGAAUGGCUCCAGUGCAUCAACGUGGCUGUGGCCCAAGCCAAAGAACGUGAGAACCGGGAGGCCACCACAUACCUGUGACGCCUGGACGAGAAGACAGUAUUUUAUCAUUCAGUUCAUGACAAAAUCCCUUUUCCAAGUCCACAGCGACGUAAUGCUGUGAUGGCCAUUCAUUUACAAUAGUUGUCAAAAAGGCAUUGAGGUCACGUAGGGCACUUCUGAAUCAUACAAUGACACAUGAAACACAUUUCACGGGUGCCACAGAUAAGACUGACACAUCAAGCGUCAUCGACCAAAGAGAAAAUUGGUGCUCUGAACAUUUGGACACAUACCUGUGGUGAUGUGUACAUUUUUGGCAUCAAAAUAUGAUGUCAUAUCUGUCUUCUACUGUGGAGGAUGUGCUUGUAAUCCGGUUUAAGUAGCGAAACUGGCAUAUAUGCUUAUAUCAUAAGCGUAAACGCAAAACUUUGUAGAAACCUGCAUUUUACUGCCAGCACGGUCUCAAGGACAAACGUAAUCUUGACAGCAAUAAUAAUGUAAUACAUUUAGUUUUCAGUUGUCAAACCGUGUCGAGUGUUACCACGCACAGCAGUGGAAGAAUGGAGCUGGAUUGAUUUGAAAGUUAGCGGACCACAUGCAUCAACAGGUGCCUUUAAUACUCAUGAGUCAAAUUUCAGUUAAAACCUGUGGAUGUUACGGGCUUACGGCACAAGAGAUCUCGGUCCGCAUUGUUCUCAGCCCCGUGAACUAGCAUGUCAGUGACGUUGAUGAAUGUCUUCUGUAAUACCAUGGAGGACCUCUCCAAAGUUUGAGGGACCCUCAGAACAAUGAUGGUGAAAGGAAUUAGUUCCAGCGCUCUUGAGUUUCAUAGCUGUGUUUCGCUGUGGUGGGCUUCGUGUCUCCAGGCUUAUUUACUGGCAGAGAUUUUCUCUUGUUCUCUGUGGCUUUUUAUCCAAGGACAAAUACCACACUUGAGUUGUACUGUAACAAAGGCUGAAACGCAAGCCUGUUUUAGUUAUUUAUAGUAAUAUCUGUUGGUACGAAUACACUGCUCGCACACAUCUGGAAUCUCCAAUCGUGAUGUUUCAUUGGAACCCAGUACUGUUUCUGUUCUUCAUUACCAAAAACAGUUCAUCACUGCACAUUUAAUAUUUCAUAUGUACUCUUAUAUACAGGGGUCCUAUAAAUAGUACUUUUCUAAUUGACCAUACAAAUUUAAUGCAAGAAAUGCUUUUAGCCGUGACAAAUUAAUCCUAUUUAUAAUACAUAUUGUAGUUUCUUUUUUCAAAUUGGUCACAACUGAAAUAGUUAAUCAUGGGUUGAUGUAAUCCUGAGUUAGCUUGUCCCAAGUUUUACACUGUUCAUAUUAAAGCCAGGGUUAAAGCUCAUAUUUGCAUUUGCCAUUGUGUUUCUGCAUGAAUACUGAAGGGAUAGAUCACUCAAAAAUGAAAAUUCUGUCAUAAUUUCCUCACCCUCUUGUCAUUUCAAACAUGUAUUCCUAAUUAGACAAACAUUAAGGUUGUUUACAAGAGCCAGCGUCACAAACACAUGCCGUAGAGUUAAAAGUGGCUUAAGACGACAUUAACUUGUGUGGUUAAGCGAAGUGAGGAAAGUCUUAUUGUGGUUGGAAUUCUCAGCAUCCACAGAACAAACAGAGAUAUAACUCCAGAUGUUUCUUGUUUUGCUUCACAGCGUAGAGUUACUCUGUGUAUUUACUUUAGUCGAGAGCUGAAUGCUAAAGGACCGCACAUCAGCAUCUUGUAGCAUUUAUUUACAUCUCGCACCCUUGUUGUUACACACAUACUGAUGGCAGCCUUAGCUGUGGCGUAAAACACGUGUUUAUUUCUCCGUAGUCUGUUAUGAUCUUUUACAUCAUUUACCGAAAUUGUCAACUGUCAACCGGUCAUCAUUUCACCCGAUUCUGACCGCUUCAUCUGUAUCGAGAUGAUCUCUGAGCCGCAGUCGUGUUUGUUUGAGUUUUUCUGUCCUUCUUUUUGGUUCAUCUCAUUUCAAAUGCAUUUCCAGGCAGCUGUAUAAAUAUCUGUGCAAUUACACUCUAAAUGAAGGUGUGCAUGUGUGCACGUCACCUCCGUGACCUGAGCGCCACUGAUGUUUGUGUUGUUUCUCCUGAGGGACGAAUGUUUCUUUUCUCCGCAUUGAACGCUGGAGGGUUUUUUCCUCUUUAGAAUGUGUUUCUCAAUGUUACGCUGAUGUGUUCUACUGGAAUUUACACUGACUGAGCUACUGACCGUCAGAGGCAUGCUGCUGUUUCAAAGACAUUCACAUUUAUACAACUGGAAAGAAAUAAUUCAUUUGAAUAGAAAAAAGUACACUGUGUGAAAUCAUAUUUCCGGUGAAUGUUUAGUAUGUACAACAACAUGGGCAAUUCCAUGCAAAAGUCAACCGUAAGAUUAAAAAGUCUAGUAUUUACCAAAGGUUUUCACCAUACGGAUAAGUCAGAUGUGACAACUUGGUGGUUUAAAUACCCAUGUGAAGUUUUUCAAGCACUUUUUUGUUUUUUUCUAUAGUCAGGUAAAAAAUUGUCACAUCCGUAACAGUCCAUAUUCCUCAUAAAUGGGCACAUGAAAAUUAAAAUAAAAUAACUAUUUGAUGUUCCAUAAAGAGCCAUCUCUUCUCCGUUUGUUGGGUGUUAUUGCUUCUGGUUUGUACAUUUUAAUUCACAGAAAUCCUAUAAAGUAUGUUGUACCUCAAAAACGUGCUUUCUUUUUAGUCACGUUCAUAACACAUUCAUUUUUCCCUCUUUUACAAUAGAAAACGUACGGAUAGACUGAUAUGUUUAUUUCUGGAUCCUCAGGGGUUUAGUAAAAUAUUAACAGAUGAUUCAAUAUAAAAGUAAUAAAUACAUUCUCUGAGAAUUUCUAUUUCAAGUUUUGUCUGAAAAUGGCACAUCCAUAAUGCUGGAAUUGCCCAAAUAUUUGUAUGUUGAACCUAUUUGUAGUUUGUUGAUUUUGCUUUCUUUUGCACUGUAUUUAUUUCAAGUGUAUUUGACUAAAUACUAAAGUAUGUAGAAUAUUAAGAUGUUUCGUGUUUAUUAACAUUUAAUUCAAUCUGAAAU